UUGAGACUGUUUCCCCCGGAUACUUUUCGAAAGAAACAUUCGUUUAUUCAUAUUUGAAUAGUUCCCCAUCUUGCACCAGGUUCCCGCGAAAGAACAUACAAAGCGAACCCCCGCGGGGCAACUUGCAGUCUUCCUCUCAACAUGGCUGCUACCAACGAGACAAAAUACUCGCACCUCCUUCAACCACUCGCCACGCUCUCCCCGCCAUCUAAUUCACGAACAUGGCAAACGGCACCGCAUCCUUCACAGCCCAUCGUGGCAACCGCAUGCUCCGAUCGUAGCGUGCGAGUGUACAGCCUUACAUCUUUCACACUGUUGCAUUCCAUCACAGGCGGACACAAAAGAAGCGUACGGAGUGUGGGAUGGAAGCCUGGAGUUAGAGGGCAAAGCGUGUUAGCUACGGGCAGUUUUGAUGCCAGCGCAGGCAUCUGGCGACGACGCGACGACGGCGAAGACCCGCAGGACUUUACAAACCACGGCGGAAGACGCGAUGGAGAAGACGAAGAAGAGGAUGAUGACGAUGAUGAGUAUCAGUUCGCUUGCAUUCUCGAUGGCCAUGAAUCUGAAAUCAAAUCACUGGCUUGGUCGCCGUCUGGUCAAUACCUUGCGACCUGCUCGCGCGACAAGUCAGUCUGGAUAUGGGAGGAGCUCGAGGACGACAACUUUGAGACGGUCGCUGUACUUCAAGAGCACGAUGGAGACGUCAAAUGUGUGAACUGGCACCCCGAAGAGGACCUGCUGGUCAGCGCAAGCUACGAUGAUACGGUCAGGCUAUAUAAAGAAGAUAGCGACGAUUGGAUGCAGGUUGCUUCCAUCGACGGGCACAAGAUGACGGUGUGGUGGGCUGAGUUCGAGGGCAGCGGCAUGUCAUCCAAAGACUGGAGGAAAGGGAGAGAGGGCCUGGACGAGAGGCAGCGCAACUACAUUGAGGAACUGGAGCGGUCGGGCCCACGACUGGCGACCUGCUCCGACGACUGUACCGCGCGGAUAUGGCGAAGAAAACCUAGAGAGGGCCAGAACUCGGGGUCCAGCGGCAUGCCGUCCAUUAUUCGUAGCACCGCCAUCGACGAGGAGUGGUUCGAGGAAUCCGUUCUUCCGCAGCAGCACACCAGAGCGAUAUACUCUGUUUCCUGGUCACAAACGAGUGGCUUGUUAGUUUCGGCUGGUAGCGACGGGAAGAUAGUGGUGUAUAAGGAGCGGUGGAAGAGUGCUCCAUUUCAAGCGCAUAACGAACAUGGGACAUUGGCCGAAUGGGUGGUGAUUGCAGAGUUAUGGGAAGCGCAUGGGGUGUUCGAGAUCAAUCAUGUUACUUGGGCACCAAGAAAGGACAAAGGAGUCAGGUGGGAAGGCGAAGAGGUGAUACUCAGCACCGGUGAUGAUGGUGAAGUCAAGGUGUGGGAGCUGAACGAGCAGAGCGGCGUGAGCGCAGUAGCAAAGGGCGAUGAAAUGGUUGCAUAGAC